AUGGCAGCACCUUACCGAAAAGUGCAACCAAAACAGUUUCCAAAGCCUUUGACUAGCUAUGAUGCUGAGGCUGCCGCUUACUGGAAAAAGUUUAAAACACCGAAAUAUAUUACAGAAACUGCUUCUGUGACCUCUAUACAUUUUUCGCCUGUUUCUCCACACGAUUUUGCAGUCACUUCUUCCACGCGUGUUCAAAUAUACUCUUCGAAAACACACAAAGUAGAAAAGACUUUUGCGCGUUUUAAAGAUACCGCGUAUAGCGGUACAAUAAGAAAUGAUGGAAAAUUGCUUUUGGCUGGGGAUGCAACUGGAUGUAUACAGCUGUUUGAUAUAAAUAGUCGUCGUAUAUUACGUACUAUACACGAGCAUAAACUUGGAAAUAAUGGACAAAUAUUAUCUUGCUCGGAUGAUAAGACUGUAAGAGUAUGGGAUGUACCUAGUCAAGAAGCGAUUUCAAUAUUCUCGGAACAUGAAACAUUAAGAUUAUGGGAUAUUCGUGCAAAUAAAGUGGUGAUGAAUAUGAACCAUGGUUAUCCCAUUGAAUCUGUGUUGAUGUUUCCCGGUGGUGGAGUCGUGAUCUCGGCGGGUGGUCCAAUUUUUACGGUAUGGGAUAUAAUAGGUGGUGGUCGUGUAAUGCGUUCUGUCUCCAAUCACCAGAAAACCAUCACCUCUUUAUGUUUCGAUUCUUCUUGUUCUCGAUUAUUGACCGGCUCAUUAGAUGGGCAUGUAAAAAUCUAUGACGUGACAAAUUAUAAAGUGGUGCAUGGCUUUAAAUACGAGGAACCAAUUUUGAGCAUAGCUUUAUCGCCAGAUGAUACCAUUUUAGUGACUGGUAUGACAUCUAGUCAACUAGGAAUUCGGCAACGCCAAAUACCAGUUCAAGAAAAAUCGACGACAGCACUCAAUCAAGGGAAACGAAAUUUCCGUGGAGGAUCUUGGGCUUAUUUUAAAAGAGGGGAAGAGUAUAAGGACGUUGAGGAAGAUAUUAUUAUAGAAAAAAAAAUGAGUGAAGGAACUGGAAUUCCAGAUUAUGAUCAAUUUUUACGUUACUUUCAGUAUUCUAAAGCAUUAGACUCGUCCUUAAAAGUUGGUGUUCGCGCGAUCAAUACAAUAUCUCUUCUUCUAGAACUUGUACGACGUGAUGGUUUGCGGCAAGCAUUAGCUGAACGAGAUGAUGCUUCAUUACAACCAAUAAUUCGUUUUCUGACGAAAAAUAUUAAUAAUCCGCGAUAUACGAACCUAUUAGUGGACGUCGGAAACUUGAUUAUAGAUAUGUAUAGUACGUCUUAUGGAUUGACGCCUUCACCAAUAAUAGAGGAAUUCAAGAAAUUGUACAAAAAAGUGAAAUCUGAAUUAGAUUAUCAAAUUGAGUUAUCUCGUGUUUUAGGAUCUCUCGAGAUGAUUUUUGUAGCCGCAGAAAACGCGCAUUCAAUUCAUAAUAAUAAUUCAUCAAUUCAAACUGAAGAUGAAAUACAAGUUUGA